GGCAUCUUCCUCCAGUCAGUGACCAAGUCCUGCUUCAGCGAGCCUUCUGCUCGUCCCCUCGGUUCCCUUCCAGCCUUCCUCCCGCCACCAAAGCUCGCCUCGUGGUGGCAGGCUGAGGAGGAGCAAAGAAAGGAGGAUUAAAGAGAAGAAAGACCUGGCUGGGUUUGGCUGGUGUCUGCAGUGCCAGAAAGGGAGGUGGCGGCGGCGGCUGCGACCACGGCCGCGCGGGACGUGAGGCCCGAGAGCCGCCGACGGCGACGGCCGCUCCAGAGCCUCGCGCCGGGGCCGUUAGUCAGCAGAACGCGAGCCCGUGUGGAGGAGCAGCGCCGGCGCGAGGCGAGACUCCAGAGCGCGAGCCGGCCCCCUCGGGCGCCGCCGUCCUUCGUCGUCCCGGCGCCGGGGGCUGCAGCCCUCGUCCCCCCUCCUCGGCCGCGCCCGCCCGCAGGCCGGGAGAGUCCGGCGGCGGCGGCGGCAGCAACGUGGGUCGCACCUUGUGGAGGACAGCGCGGCGGCAGAGGCUCUCUCGCGGCCCUUUCUUCCCGACACCUUGGCCGCGGCCCCUCAGGUGCAGAAGAUGAAUAAUCUUUCAUUUAGUGAGCUAUGUUGCCUCUUCUGCUGUCCACCUUGCCCUGGGAAAAUUGCUUCAAAAUUAGCGUUUUUGCCACCUGAUCCUACUUACACGUUGAUGUGUGAUGAAAGUGGAAGCCGCUGGACUUUACAUCUAUCAGAACGAGCAGACUGGCAAUACUCUUCUAGAGAAAAAGAUGCUAUUGAAUGUUUCAUGACUAGAACCAGUAAAGGCAACAGAAUUGCCUGCAUGUUUGUGCGUUGUUCACCCAACGCCAAAUAUACUUUACUCUUCUCACAUGGAAAUGCUGUUGAUCUCGGGCAGAUGAGCAGCUUUUACAUAGGACUGGGAUCACGGAUUAAUUGUAAUAUAUUCUCAUAUGAUUAUUCUGGAUACGGCGCAAGUUCUGGGAAACCAACAGAGAAGAACCUCUAUGCAGAUAUCGAAGCUGCUUGGCUUGCUCUUAGGACAAGAUAUGGCAUUCGCCCUGAAAAUGUGAUUAUAUAUGGCCAAAGUAUAGGGACAGUACCAUCUGUGGAUCUUGCUGCUCGUUAUGAGAGUGCUGCUGUUAUUCUUCAUUCUCCUUUGACUUCGGGAAUGCGAGUUGCUUUUCCUGAUACCAAGAAGACCUACUGUUUUGAUGCGUUCCCAAACAUUGACAAAAUCUCUAAGAUAACCUCUCCGGUAUUAAUAAUUCAUGGGACUGAAGAUGAAGUCAUUGACUUUUCACAUGGCCUCGCACUGUUUGAGCGUUGCCAAAGACCUGUGGAGCCUCUGUGGGUUGAAGGGGCAGGUCACAAUGAUGUGGAACUUUAUGGACAGUACCUUGAAAGGUUGAAACAGUUUGUGUCACAGGAACUGAGCAUUGCCCGUGCCAUGGCAUCCAGAAGAUAGUAUCAUGUAGAAGAAUUGGCAAGGAGAUCUGGGUUCUCUUCUCACCGGACACCAGUUAGAUCUGUGGCCUUGUCAAGUCACGUCUCUGGACCAGUUUCCUCACUAGAAAUGAAGAGAUGGAACUGAUUGAUUGAUAAUUAUCUCUUAUGUUUCUAAUGUAAUGAAAAUCUCGACCCCAUUCCUUUGUAAAGACUCAUACCGAUUUUUAACCUGGGCUAGAAUAGCCUCAAGUUAACUUAUUUUGAUAGUUCUCUUUUGUGCAUACCAGCAUGGUAGAACUUGGAUGGUAAUACUAAUCCUGGGGAAAUGGUUGGCAGUGUACAUAACUCCUACUAUACCUUCAAGUACAUAAGACAGUGUAAGAACUUCAAUUAAUUGGUUUAUAAUCUAUACACUUUUCCAGACUUCUGACUGACUUCAAUUUACCACUUCUGUGUCCUACCUAAGAAUGUAUUCCAGUAGUUUUUCUUGGUGAUUUCUAUAAAUAUUAGGUACUACUCAGUUUAAGAAAGCUUGAAACGUGAAAAUAAAUUUUUUUAAAUUGCAAACUGCCAUCAAUUUCCUAUAAAUGGAAGGUUCUUGGUGCAUUUAGACAUUCUAUAUGACAAAAAUAACUUUCUGAGAACAGGUACUAUGGAAAGCCAGACAAACUCCAAAAAUAAAACUUUUUAGAUAUGAAAUAGCUUAAUUCCUUCAUUUUACAGAUGAGGAAACAAACCCAAAGAAGAGUAACAUUGUCAAGAUCUACAAUAUAAUUGUCAUUAGUGGUACUUACUAUUUUCAUAAAAUUUACCUGGACUAAUACCAAUGAUCCUUUUGAAUUAGUAAAAAAAAAUACUUGCUCUCCAAUAUUAAUAAUGAUUUUAUUUUUAAAAUGACUUAGAUUUCUUCUUAUCAGCCAAUUAUUCAUUGCAUACUAGGUAAGUUGUGCCUUUCACAUUUAUCAAAUUAGUGAUUUAUAUAUUUAAAGUAUUUCAACACUCAUCCAUUUUCGGUAGGCUCAGUAAGAGCUGUUUGGUUGUGUUAAAACAGUGAAGACUGUAGUCACAUGAAUAAACAGGUGUUUACUUAUAAUACUGAGAAUAAGCCAUUACAUUGAAAAAAGUAUCAAAGCGGUUAUACUAAAUGGUGAUGGGUGGGCUUUUAAUUUGUGUCCUAAUUUUAUUUUUUUUAAAGAUUUUACUUAUUUGAAAAAGAGACCCCAAGAUGGGGAGGCCAGAGGGACUCCCCUCAGGACCAUGACCUGAACAGGAGGAUAGUCACUUAACUGAGCCACCCAGGCCUCCCUGUUGUCUUAAUUUUAAACAGGCAUUAUGGUUAAAUACUACAGUAACAUGUUAUAUUCUAAUGAUGAUGUACAUGCCAAGUGUGCAAUAACCGAAAAAGGAACUACACAGGAUACCUGGUGUUGUGUUUUGAGUUAUGCAGGAUGCAGAGAGAAGACAUUGGUCUACUACACGUCUAAGAGAUUAUGCAUCUGACUGACUAGUUGAAUGAGUAAUACCAAGGAAGGAAGCAAAUACCUCAAGCCUGGAAAUGACCCACUAGAUAUUAGGUUAAAAAAAAAAAAAACGGAAGCAAAGCAUAGAGUCUUUAUAAAUGUCACUGAGCUAAAAGCUGUUAAAGUUGUUCUUUCAUUAGAAACCAAGUGGAUGAAAUUAUUUUGCUCUUUAUCUGUAGGACAUGUACUAAAUUGGCAUAAUACCACUUUAACAUGGAAGAAUGUUUUUAAGAGUAUGCUUCUAAUGAAAUCCUUAUUAGAGAACUAUAUUAAAAUCAUAGGGGAAAUGGUAUUUUUCUUUCUAUUUUUUUGAAAUACUUCACAGAGAAAGAGUGAACACAAGCAGAGGGAAUGGUAGAGGGAGAAGCGAUCUCCCACCUAAGCAGAGAACCCAAUGUGGGACUUGAUCCCAGAACCCUGGGAUCAGCCAACUGAGGUGAAGGCAGAAGCUCAACCAACUGAGCCACACCCAGGUGCCCCGGAAAAAUGCUAUUUUUAAGUGAUUUGUGAUAUUUUGUAUGCACAUUCCUCUCCCCUCCCCAAAGUUACUGCUUAAGAUAGUGUAUUGAACUGAGGUAAGAAGGGUAAUAGGGUAGGUCUAUGGAUAUAGGAGUGUCUGAAUUUUAAAAUGUUAAAUGUACUGCCCUGUUCCAAAUUAUUCAAAGUAUGGUGGAUUCAUGGACUAAAAAUCGAGACUUCUAAUUAGCAUUUUAUCAUAUAAAUACUACUCAGAUGAAAACAGUUUCAAAUUCUGUAGAUCUAUUCAAGUUUAAAGCUGGCAUAAUCCAGAGGUCAUCUAGAGCUUCAUGAGAAAGAUUUUGCUGUUUUUCCCCCCAGCUCUUCUAAGUCUGGAAGUUUGGGCUCCAGGCCAUCUAAGUCCACCAUAAGAAAUUAGAUUGGGCAUGUAGGAGAGAGACCCAAGAAAGUGGCUUAUAGAUCUCUGAAUACAUGUGAUGCUAUUGAAAAUGAUAAUUAAAUUUUCUGAAGUAUCUAAUACAAUCCCAAUUGGAAAAUGAAAAUAUAAACUGUUAUACCUCUGUAAAAUUGAAUGCUCAUGGGAUAAAAGAAUGAUUAUAUUGAGGUAUUAGGAUUAUAGGUGAAUUUUUUUCCUUUCUUAGACAUCUACAUUGCUAUGUUGUUUUUGUAAUUAGAAAAGAAGGGGAAAAAAAAAAACUUGUUCUUAUUUCCACUGUCCAAAAUUGGCUGUUUUUUUAAAGUCUGGUCUUCUGAAACCAGGAUCCCAGGGUAAAUCACAGAGAAGUAACUCCCAAUUUAGCCUGGCUGUCAAAGUGACAAAAGCCAAAAAGGAUUCCUCGUACUUGGAUGAUGAGUUUUUUGUGGGUUUUUUGGGGAGGUUGGAGAGGGUGGUUGAUAGGGAAUAUAACAUUGUAUAAUAGUAUCUAAAACAUUAUCUCAUGGAGUACCAAGUCUAAUAAGUUUAUUUUCUAGGCAAUCCCCCCACACUAGGUCUGUUAAUGUUCCACACCCAACAAUGCAUUGUUAACAGUUACCACUUUACCAUCUGUGGUUGUUUCCUCAUGUUGUUACAGCUUUGCUCACAUUCACCUCUGGUGCUGUUGUUGGCAAUUACACAUAAAUUGCACUUCUAUAUAUGUUACAGGCCCAAUAGUAGGUUAGAGUUGGCCUUUAACACAAGUAUGAACUAUAGAAGUCUAUAUGUAGAUCUGUAUGCAGAUAUUUGCAAUGAAUACAGUAUAAUAACAUUAUUUUACUUAUGAUUUUAUUUAUUAUUGGUUUUUUAAUUUUUACUUAAUUUAUUUGAGAGCGAGAGAGCACACAAGCAAGGGGAGCAGCAGAGGGAGAAGGGAUCCUGGUGCAGGGUCCCAUCCCCAGGGCUUAUGACCUAAGCUGAAGUCAGAUGCUUAACCAACUGAGCAACACACAGGUGCCCCUUACUUAACAAAUUUCCUAAUAACCUUUUCAUUUCUAGCUUACUUUACUGUAAAUAUGUAAGGUAUAUGUACUACCUUACAUAUAAAUAUAUGUUACCUAACAUAUAAAAUAUAUGUUAAUCAACUUACUUGGUAAGGUUUUGGUUAAUAGCAGGCUGUUAAAUUUUGGGGGAGUCAAAAGUUAUAAGGGGAUAUUUGUGUAGGGAGGCAGUACCCCAACCCCAUGAUGUAUAUGGGUGAACUGUAUAUAUAUAAUUUAUGAAAUUACUUUUUAAUGCAUUUAAGAAAAGAAGUGGGAAAAAUAUGCAUUUAUGUAAUGGUGUUCUCUGGUCCUGUGGAUUUGUGUUACUGUCUGACAUCACUUGCUUUCACUCUGAAGAACUUCCUAGAAUAUCUUGUAAGAUGAGUUGGCCUGACAACAAAUUCUUUCAGUUUCUGUUUACCUGGGAAAGUCUUUAUUUUCACUUUCAUUUUUUUAAGAAUACGUUUGCUGGAUAUCACAGUCUUGGCUGAUAGUUUUUGUUUGGUUGGUUUUUACCAAUUUGAAUAUUUUCCCACUGCUUUCUGGCUUCCAUUGUUCCUGCUGAGAAGUCAGCUUUGGAUCUCACUGGGCUUCCUUGUAAGUGAUACUUUGUUUUUCUCCAGCUUUUCCCAAGAUAUUUUCCUUAUGUUUGAAUUUCAGCCCUUUUACUCUAUUUGUGGGUCUCUUAUUGGGCUUCCUGGGUGGCUUAUUAUUUUUCAAUAAAGUUGGGAUGUGUUUUGCCAUUCUUCAAAUAUUA